CGCGCCCAACGGCUGCGGGCGGGCGGCUACAACAACAACAACAACAACAAAUGCCGACCGUCUCAGCCUCGCAGUCACCGCCUCUGGUCAGCACCCACCUCCGCCACCCUGGGUGCCUGCGGUCCAGGCCCAGGAUACCCGGGGGAUCGGCGGCCGAGCUGGGGCACCUGGCCCCCGAGCAGCUGAUCCUCCGCUGCGCUGCCCUCAGGCUGGGCAGCUGCGGCCCCCGGUCGCCCCCGGCCCGGGCAGGGGGAGCGGCGGGGGCCGGAGGCCAGGGUCGGCGGCUCCGCCUGAAGGUGGGAGCCCAGCGGCCGCGGGAUGUCCGCACCAUCUUCCAGCAGGCCGAGGACCCGCGAGUGCCGGAGGAGAGGGGCGAGGGCCACCGCUUCGGACCGUGCGUCCUGCGCACCUGGUGCGACCUGUGCGGCCGGGUCAUCACCCCCGACGGGCCGAGCGUCCGCUGCCACAAUUGCAAUUACACUGCCCAUCAGGUGUGCAGGAACUUCAUCAAACUUGAUUGCCAGCAAGGGGAACAUCUUUCAGAAGAAAAAGUCGCUGUUGAAGUUGAAAUGGUGCAGCCUGAAAAUGAGAAUGUGGCAAUUAAAGAGGAAGAGAAACCAAAGGUCCUUACAGAAAAGGAGAUUAAACAAAAAAUUGAAGAAUACAAUGGAAAAGUUAAAAACUGCUUGGGAAUGCGCUUGAACGUAGAUGGUAGUUACACAGGGUUCAUCAAAGUCCACCUGAAAUUGCGGCGCCCUGUCACUGUCCCUGCAGGCAUCAGACCACAAUCAAUCUAUGAUGUGCUGAAGGAAGUGAAUCCAGCAGAAAUAACAGACAAACGAACAUCAUUUUACCUGCCCCUGGAUGCAAUCAAACAGCUUCACAUCAGUAGUGGCACAACGGUUAGUGAAGUGAUCACAGGCCUGCUGAAGAAGUUCAUGGUCAUUGAUAAUCCUCAAAAAUUUGCUCUCUUCUACCAGACAAAAAAAGGGAAUGAUGUGCAUCUGCAGAAACUCAAAGGAACUGAACAACCCCUGUUAAUCCGUCUUUUGGCUGGCCCGGACACCGAAGCCUCAAGUUUUGCAUUGAAGGAGAAUGAAACCGGGGAAGUGGAGUGGGAUGCUUUCAGUGUGCCCGAAUUGCAAAAUUUCCUCAUUAUACUGGAGAAAGAAGAAAAGGAACGUAUCCAUCAGGCACAGCAAAAGUACAUCACAUUUCGUCAAAAGCUGGAGCAAGCCUUGAAGGCAGCUGGAAAACCUGGAUAACUGGAUCACAGAGAAACCUAACUAUAAAUAUGAAUCUAUCUUUGAUAUUGCUCAGGUCAUUUGAGCGGAUUAUCUCAAGGGACAAGUGCAACAAGGCAUCAACAAACAUUGCUGUAGAUCUAAAAUUGCAGCCCUGGCGACAGAUUAUGAACAUUGCUGUCUGUGCAGAGCUACCACUUUGGACUAACCAAAGGAACUGUCGCUUUUUCCUAAUGUAUUUUAAAUAACCCUUAGAGUACUGAAGACAAAAUGUUUUUGAGUCAUCUUUAAAGUCUACUGUGAAUUUGAAAACCUCUACCUUCGCAUCUUAAUGCUCAACAUAGGAAAUUAUCUGUAUAUUUAGGUCUGGUAGAAAUUGUCAUGGAAUUCAGAGGCUGCAGAGUGCAUACUCAGUGCUGAAAGGGUUGUACUGACUGUUCUGCUGUGCACCAAGUCACUAUUUGGAGCAUCUUCAUGAGUGCUCAAUGUUGGUAGUUUCUUUCUGCAUGUUAUACCAAAAUUAUUCUUGUUCUUUUCUAAAACAAAAAUCAAUCUUUAAUCAAGUGUUGCAUGCUGAGUGCUCAUUAUAAUUGGAUAGAAUCCCAUCUUGUAUUCACAUUGGUCUCAAUGAGUACACCUUAACUGGAUAAUUUAAGGAGACUUGUACCAUUCAUUAGUACCCAAAUAGUGAUGAUCUCUAUUAACAGAGAAGUGUCUAAAUACCUCUUUACAUGAAACAUUUAAGGAAGACAUACAUGGUUUGCCAUUAGUAAUAAAUUCCUAAAUAUUCAGAAAAUAAAUUUUAAAAAAUGUAAUGGUAGAAAUCUUCCUUAACUUUUUGAAUAAAUCCAUUUUUUGUUACAGUUGCUAUUUCUAAUUAUCAGGAGAUAGUUUGGCAUUUUUUAUUCAAGUGAUCUGCUGAAAUCUGCAUAGGGUAGUGUGCAUUUGAACUUCUUCUGUACUGUAGUAUUUCUUACAUUGCAGUUUAAUUUAAAAAUAAACUUUAUUGAGAGGCCA